AUGUCUUUUAUUUUUAGCUCUUUGCGGGAUACCCUAUACUCGGUUACCUCCUGUUGUUUCCCAAAUCCGACACUGCAAAUAAAUCGUCGAACUUUUAAGGAUGCCAGCACUGGACGAUUUUUCGCCCUUAAGCAGAUUAGAUGCCCAUUCGGAGAUGAUUCUGUAAAAGAUGCAAUGAGGGAGGUUGAUAUGUAUCGAUUAUUUCAGCACGAGAACAUCAUAAAAGUUAUUAAUGGAAACCUUCAAGACGCUAUUAAUAAUCAUUCGUUACAGGGCUCGCAUUUUCCUGAGAAAGAUAUGCUAAAAAUAUUCCGAGGAAUUUGCUAUGCUGUUCGAGCACUACAUAAUUACAAACUUCCUAAUGUUAGAACGGAAUAUAAUAAUAUAGUUGGAACACAACCUCCAAUUGAAGAUAAUAUUGUACCAUUUGCACACAGAGAUAUCAAACCUGGUAAUAUCUUACUGGACGAUGACCAAACUCCUAUCUUGAUGGAUUUUGGCUCUUUAGUUCGGGCACGAAUAAAGGUUGAUAACCGAAGCAAAGCUUUGACGGAACAAGAUUUAGCUGCAGAAAAUUCUACUAUCUCUUAUCGCGCUCCAGAAUUAUUUGAUGUUAAAACUAAUAUUGAGUUGAAUGAGAAAGUCGAUAUUUGGUCAUUGGGAUGUACACUCUAUGCCAUGGCCUACGGAAAAUCACCUUUCGAGAAUAAUAUUAAUGAACAUGGCGGAUCGAUAGCAUUAGCAGUUCUUAAUAAUCAAUUUAAGUUCCCAACUAUUGAAAACGAUAGGAUUGUUAUAAGGGUUAUAAACCCGUUUUCACCUGGAUACCUGAUUUCAAAACGCAGGUGA